UUUCAACAAAAAAGAUCUGGUUGUUGAAGGAUUCUUUCAUCCAUUAUGUGAGAUAUGGAGAAAGAUCCCUUAUGGCUCUAAAGGGUACGCACCUUCAAGUGAAAAAAUGUAGAUAUCAUCUGUUUCAUUUUUGGCAAUACUAUUUUCAUCUUUGGUUUCAACCGUAUAGGAUAUGCAGUCUUCAAUUAUCCAAGACUUCUUUUUCUUUUUUAGGUUAUUUUCUGCAUGUUAAAAUGAAACCUCUCGUGGUUAGGGUCAAAAUGCUAGACGAUUUAUUCAUUACCGAUCUCAUUACCAAUGAAUUAAACCCAAUAGCUCCGAUUAGAGCAAUUCUUUUCUUUUUGGCUAAAGAAAAGUUUUGUGACAUCUCAGGGUGGCCAAUUAGUAAAUUGUCUUGGACCAGUCUAUCAGAUGAUGAUAUCCUCGAUCGAUUCGAUCGAAUUUGGAUAAAUCUUUUUCAUUACUACAGUGGAUCAAUCAAUCAAGAGGGUUUAUAUCAUAUAAAAUAUAUACUUCUACUUUCGUGUGCUAAAACUUUGGCCUGUAAACAUAAAAGUACGAUACGUGUAGUUCGGGAACAAUUAGGUUCGGAACUCUUUACAAAAUCAUUUUCAAAAGAAAAAUUCAUUUCUUCGUCCUUUUCAAAAACUCGUUCACAGAGAGAACGAAUUUGGAAUUCAGAAAUUAGCCAGAUAAAUCCCCUGGCUAAUUUCUGGCAAAAGAUGCAGAAUAAACAAAUAGAAAACUGAUUUGACCAAUGAAAUGCUUAUUGAGCAAUUGCCAAGAUCAAUUUAUGAUCCUAUAGCUCUUUUCCACCCGGGAAUCCCACCAAAUGAUUAGUAAAUUACUACAUGGAGAAAGCCGUGUGCAAUGAAAAUUGCAAGCACGGUUUGGGGAGAGAUUUCUUGCUCUUAUAAAAAGAAAGAGCGGAUAAUCCACUCCAUCCGAUGAGCUCCGGGUUCAAGUCCCGGGCAACCCAGAGUACUAGAAUCUAGUACCUAAAGGUAUUUUUACUUAUCAUCCAAUCCAAUUCAUGUUAUUCAUUGCUCUUAAUAAGCAAGAGAGGCGGCAUCCCACUAUUCGGGAAUCAUCUGAGAAAUGAUAAGGUCUUUCUUACCCAGUUUUCUCCAAUAACAUUUAACUUCAAGGUAAUAAAUACUAUUAUUAUAUUACCUUGAAUCAUAAAGAAAGAAGGAAUGCUCAUAGAGCGCAUUAAUACCGGUAUUAAUACCUACAGAUAUUAUACUAUUCAAAAGUAUUUCAAUAUAUGUGCAUAUAGUUUAUGGAGGAAGAUACCAUGAAUUUCUAUAGUAUUCAUAAAGAUGUCAAAAUAAAUAUUGGUUGACAUACAGAUAUGUCUCAUAUUAUACUGUUGAAUAACAAGCCUUAUGUGUAUGCUUGGGAGCUUCUAAUGAUUAAAUAAACCAAGUUAUAACCAUGACCGCAAUUUUAGAAAGACGCGAAAGCGCAAGCCUAUGGAAUCGUUUUUGCGAUUGGAUCACUAGCACUGAAAACCGUCUUUACAUUGGAUGGUUCGGUGUCUUAAUGAUUCCUACCCUAUUGACUGCAACCUCUGUAUUCAUUAUCGCUUUCAUUGCAGCUCCUCCAGUAGAUAUUGAUGGUAUUCGUGAACCUGUUUCCGGUUCUCUUCUUUAUGGAAACAAUAUUAUUUCCGGUGCUAUUAUUCCUACCUCUGCAGCCAUUGGUCUGCAUUUCUAUCCCAUCUGGGAAGCAGCUUCUGUUGAUGAAUGGCUAUACAACGGUGGUCCCUAUGAGCUAAUCGUUCUACACUUCCUACUUGGUGUAGCUUGCUAUAUGGGUCGUGAGUGGGAGCUUAGCUUCCGUCUAGGUAUGCGUCCUUGGAUUGCUGUUGCAUAUUCAGCUCCAGUAGCAGCAGCUACUGCUGUUUUCUUGAUUUACCCUAUUGGUCAAGGAAGUUUCUCUGAUGGUAUGCCUCUAGGAAUCUCUGGUACUUUCAAUUUCAUGAUCGUAUUCCAGGCUGAACACAAUAUUCUUAUGCAUCCAUUUCACAUGUUAGGUGUAGCUGGCGUAUUCGGCGGCUCUCUAUUUAGUGCUAUGCAUGGUUCCUUGGUAACUUCGAGUUUGAUCAGGGAAACUACCGAAAAUGAGUCUGCUAAUGCAGGUUACAAAUUUGGUCAGGAAGAAGAAACCUACAAUAUUGUAGCUGCUCACGGUUAUUUCGGCCGAUUGAUCUUCCAAUAUGCUAGUUUCAACAACUCCCGUUCUCUACAUUUCUUUUUAGCUGCUUGGCCAGUAGUAGGUAUCUGGUUUACUGCUUUGGGCAUCAGCACUAUGGCUUUCAACUUAAAUGGAUUCAAUUUCAACCAAUCUGUUGUUGACAGUCAAGGUCGUGUAAUUAACACUUGGGCCGAUAUCAUUAAUCGUGCUAACCUUGGUAUGGAAGUGAUGCACGAGCGUAACGCUCACAACUUCCCUCUGGAUCUAGCUGCUGUUGAAGCUAAUUCUAUAGACGGCUAAUUACUCAAUCCGAUGAAUUGUUAGUGUCUUUCAAUCCUUGAAAAGCAAAAAAGAAAGCAGUACCAAAACCGAAAGGUUUGGUACUGCUUUUUUCCGUCUAAUUUUUCCGUCAUAAAACUAAAAGUUAUUGCGAGCAGAGCACAAUAACUUUUAUUGUGCAUCCAGCAGGAAUUGAACCCGCGACUUCCCAAUUAUGAGUUGGGUGCUUUAACCAUUCAGCCAUGGAUGCAUAUUAAUAAUAAUAAUAAGUAUCGGCUCAGAUCUUAAAUUGGAUACCAAAAACUAUUGUUUUCAACAAACAAAUAAAGAAAUGUAACGAACUUGCUCGAGAGUUGUAUUGAAGGUUAUUUAUCUUGCAAUGCAUCACUUUGAUGUCCGGUCAGAGCUUGCCAACAGAACUGAAGAGUUCAUAACUAACUAAUAAUAUAAUAGUUUCAUUAUUAGUUCAUUUUCGGGGCUUAGAACCAUUCUUCUUGAAAUGGAAUGACCGUAGACAGAGACUGUCAAUUAGUUUGG